AUGGCCACGUCCCAUGGUUUCCGAGGUGAACGCUACGAGGCUAUAAAGAUCAUCAGACAGCAUGGUCGUACCGCCAGCGAGCAGAAGGACUGGGAGGAGGCAAGAGGCAUCGGUUCUUCGGCGUCGAAAAGGCGUCCUAGAGCAAAGAAGGACGAAACCAACGAUGCUUCGAGGCAAUCGAGCAAAGUAUUGAGCAAAUCCACAAUUUCCGAUAGCGAUGAGAUGAUCAGCGGGGAUGAACUAUGA